GCUACUUUAAUUGUUGCUAUAAGCCAUGCUAUAUAUAACAAUGUAUCUUCCAAUUCAAAGCUAUCCUCCUAGUCUGAGCGGCUAAAUAGAGGCUUCUCUCCAUCCAAGGCUGCAAGGAGUACAAAUUUAGUAUGAGUUCCUUCAGCUCCAAAUGCAUGCCCAAUAAGCUUGAAGGCAUCAAGGAAGACAGUGAAGCAAUUUGGCUACCAGCAACAUGUCCUCCACCUGAAACCCCUACUGAGUCCAUGGAAUUCCUUGCCAGGUCCUGGAGUUUGUCCUCCAUGGAACUCUCAAAAGCUCUCACUCAUACUAACGGUGCAAUGAACCAUGAUGAAAAGCCACAGUUGUCUUUCCUAGGUGACAGUCAAGCUCUAAAAGCACGCCCUCUAAUUUCAACUGAACCUGCACAAACUCAUCCACUAUCAACUUCAGAUAGUCCCCCAGUCUCUCCCAGAGGGAGUGAUGAUACAAAGGAACUAUUCUUGCUUCAUCAAGAACUUAAUCCAGAUAACAUCCAUAAUCAGCAGUUGCUCAAAAAUGGGCUCCACAGAAACACCACGCGAGGAAAGACAGUGGGUAGAUGGAUAAAGGAUCAAAGGGAAAGGAAAAAACAGGAGCUCAGAACACACAAUGCCCAAUUGCACGCAGCAGUUUCUGUGGCAGGGGUUGCUGCUGCAGUGGCUGCGCUGGCAGCCUCAUCAGUAACGUCUCCAGAGAAUUCUGUGACUAAGAACAAGAAAUCUUCAAAGGCGUCCACUGCAAUUGCAUCUGCAGCAGCUGUAGUUGCAUCCCACUGCAUUGAAAUUGCUGAGGAUAUGGGGGCUGAUCAUGAACAAAUCUUAUCAGUUGUCAGUUCAGCAAUUAAUGUAAGAACUAAUGGUGAUAUUAUGACACUAACUGCUGGAGCUGCUACAGCAUUAAGAGGUGCUGCCACAUUGAGGGCAAGGUUGCAAAGGAGCUAUGCAGGGGCAACAAUUGCUCUUGCUGAGGAACAUGAUUACAAUAAUAAAGAGUCAAAUGUAUUAGCUGCAAUGGACUUCGUUUCAAGGGGCGGAGAACUUCUUAAAAGGACGAGGAAAGGUGAUCUCCACUGGAAACUAGUCUCCAUCAACAUAAAUUCAAGUUGGCAGGUAGUAGCCAAGAUGAAGAGCAAGCAUAUAGCAGGAACAUUCACAAAGAAAAAGAAGUGUGUAAUCUCUGGAGUCUAUUCUGAUAUCCCAGCAUGGACAGGACGAGAAAGGGAGGAAUGCAAUGAGCAAAGGGCCUAUUUUGCGAUACAAACUGCUGACAGGAUGGUUGAGUUUGAAUGCAGAAACAAAGGGGAAAAACAGUUGUGGGUGGAUGGGAUCCAACAUAUGUUGCAUUUUCGUGCAAACAUGGCAUAAUUUUGUGUAUUAAGUAUUAUAUCGGUGGGAGAUUACAAGAUUGUGGUCUUAUGAAGCAAUAAAAGUGUUCUGUCUGUCAAA